AUGGCGGAGCAGCCUCAAUCGACCCCAGCUACGGAUAUCCCCCCAGGCCCACACUCAUCGCGAGUCGCUCCUAUACAAAAGCUUAUCCAACAAUGGACACCUCUGCGACAUCCUACAAAGUCGCCUGAAGAGAAGUAUCAGGAGAGGCAUAAGGAAGCGCAGGCACAUUUAGAAGUGGCGGCGGCCUCAGCAUGCGUCCAAUCCGAUGCAGCGAGGCUGGAUGCUCUUCAAUCCUGCAUUGACCAGCUGAAAGAACUACAGGCGGAGCGCGAAGCAAACAAGGACGAUGAAGAGAUCAAAUACCAGGAGUUGUACUGGGAACAACAGGAGGCUCUUAUUCUGGGGUUGCUCGACACAGUAGGACCUAAGUUGGGUGACAAAGUGUGCAACAAGUGGCGACAGCGCACUCAGCUACCUGUGAACAGUUCUGCUCAGUCAAAUGCUCCUGCUGGUUCAUCAAGCGAAGUGACAACAAACACUUCGUAUUGUACCCCAAACGCCAGCCCUGUAAUGCAGUCUUUCCGCCUGCCGAAUCCCAGACCACAGAGCGAGUCCGUUCCCAUACUUCCUACUGCCGAAACAUCAUUGAAUCAAGAGACACACACGAUCGGCCGACCCUCAAACGAAAGCCAACAAUCCGCGAAAGCCCAACAAAAGAGACCUGCAAAUCCCACUCAAGGGAGCCUCUCCCGCCCUUCAAAGCGUCCCCGAUCGAAUGUCCCUCAGCCGCAAGGACCUCUUACUGGCGACCGAGCGAUCGGGUUCAACGAGGUGUACCAAGAUGGCCACGCCCCGACGAAAUACAUAAUCACAGAGCACAAGGGCUUCUGGUAUAUCCUCGAGUGUAAGAAGCACAAGCUGCACUUUAUGAGCAAUAACCCCAUCCACGGCGCACGCAGGCACUUGGCCGCGGGGACACACGGCAAUCAGAACGCCAGGAACGAUGAGACAGUUCGCCUUCUCGGAACAAGAGUUCUAAACUGCAGUGCAGACAAAGCCAAGUUGAACAAUCUGGCCGCGCAGAGACCUACGUACGCGCAGUAUGGGCGACCGCUUAGCAGCGUCUCAGCUGGGUCGGCUCAUUCCAAUGAGGGACCUAGGACACGAAGUACACAGUUCCUCCCUGGGAUUGAUCCGCAGCCUGGCGAGGUGUACACAACCUUCUGGAAGAAGACGAAGCGAUUCUUCGCUAUUCUUGUGUUGCCGUGGGGUAGUUUUCGGCAGUUUGGCUGGGACAUGAAUCUCAUGGAUAACACGGAACUCUUGAAAAAGAAUAUCCCUACGUGCUAUGAUUAUGAUCCUGUUACCGGGACGGCUGAGUGGACCGAACAUUACCGGCCAGGUGGGAAGUACCAUCAUAGACGGAAGUAUCCAGUCAUGUACAUCGAUGCACCUGUCUUUCCGUGGGAUUGCGCUAUCGGGUGGGUUGCCGUGAACGAGUUCCGUGCUUAUGAUCCCAACGACGAGGGAAUUGACCAUAAGGAUAAGGUUGACGAGUUCAUCCUCCGCAUGAAGGACCGGGAUCGUUUGAGGAACGGUGAAGAAGAUUCGGGAGAAGCAGAACAUCAAGAUGUCGACUUGGCGACGGAUAACAUCUCGGACGAGCAGCAGAGUACGGAAGUCGAGCAGCCACCACUGGGAUCAUGCAUGCGUUUGGCGAUUGAGAUUCUAGACGAUGACAGUGAUACUGAAGAAGGGUCGGGUAUGAUGCCUCAAUACGAUGGCUGGCCGGAGGAGGAGCCACGGGUUAAGAUGGAGCCGACAAACCAAGAAGCUCCGACACAGCCCUCCGAUGCUGCUACGGCGCAAACAACUACCAACUCGACCGGCUCAGAGAGGACUAGCCAGUGGAAUGGCCUUGAUCAUACAUCGACUGCUCCUAACCUCCAUCCAGCCCUUGAUGCCAAUGGCGUCCUUCAUCCUAUAGCACCAAACACUCCUACGGUCGAUAACCCCGGUAUCCCUUCUACUAGUGCACAUCUCAGACCCACCGGGCAGAUGUAUGAUCACUCACAGUCACCAUGCACAAGUGGGCCCCCGUCGCGAGAGCACCAUAACGCUCCGUCUCCCCGGGCCCCGGAAGCUGUGAUGGCUCCCGGAGAUCCCCCGGCAGCAAACAGACAAGCUCCAUUGGCAUCCAUGAUUGGUCACGCUGGGUUUGAGAAUUCUGCCCCGUUGAACCUGUAUGGUUAUCUAGCUCCGGGGUAUACCGCAAGCACGACGACUACGAAUAUCGCAGGGAGCAGCGAAGCGCCAUGGAUGACCCAUGCUCAGGCCGCGGCAGAGGGAGCGCGGGACCGUGAGAUUGAUAUCCGCAACAAUGCCGCCAGACGAUCUAAUUGGCGACAUCCGUUCGUCACCGAUGAUACUGAUUAA